AUGAAUUGGGACGACAUCUUCUGCACAGCUGAGUCUCGUUCCCGUUCCCAUUCACCACCUCCAUUCAGCCAAAUUGAAUGCGAAUUCUGUUCCGACUUCUCCUGCUGUGGUGUGGUCAUCGCCGAUCUCCACGAGCUUCUCAGCCACUUCGAAGAGUACCAUGUCGUUGCGCUCGACCAGGAUGACCCGCUCGAUCCCUCCCAAGACUCGGACGCCGCCGCGCACGGCUGCACCGGCAUCGUCCCCAGCUACCCACAGCCGAAUCUACCACCUCCGCCCACAGCAGUCCUGGGUGUCCUUGACUCUGACGCAUCCACUGCAGGACUGGUCUCUUCAGGUUCGUCCGAGUCGCACUCGGAACCAUCCUCGCCACCACGCGAAGAUCCUGAAUGGAUCCCGACACGUGCGCUCCCGUCGCUCCCCUCAAUCCAAUCGACCACCGUCAAGCCCGAGGGCGCGCGUGUUUUGAUCACGCACAACGCGAGGAACAGGGUACCCAAGCAUCCGCCGGCUCCAAAGGCACAGGUCCUCGGUACAACACACGCGCACGCGCCGCGACUCAAGAAGCGCGCACGCGAGAAGACAUACAACUGUCCGCGGCCUGGGUGUUCAAAGUCAUACCGGAACCCGAAUGGACUGGAUUAUCAUCUCGCAAAGGGAACUUGCAUCAUCGAGCCUGUCCCGCCACCGGAGUCAUAG